AUGGCUGCUCAACCCACUGCGCCCGCUAAUACCUCUGGUGCUUUCGCCACCGGAAGCGACGAAACCUCCCAGGGAUCGGCUCUCCCUCCCAUGAUUGCCGCUGGGCCAAACAUGGCUUCUACUGCCUACUACGGGGCUCCUGUCCGUCCAUACACAUCGCAGGCUACCGUGUACCCACAGUCGCAGACCCAGGCCUACCACGCCGCGGGCCAGGGGCAGAACCAGCAGCAGUACGCGGAGGGCACCGGCCAGCAGACCAACAACCAGCAUCAAGCAUACCACGAUGGCCAGUACACAUCUCCAACCAUCGGUUACUACCAGCCGACUAGCAAUGUCCACCCUUCGUACCCCAUGAGCUACGGUCAUGCGCGCUCCGACAGCAUUGGUUCGUGGCACGCCCCGUCCGACAUGUAUGACUACGGUCGCCACACCAGCACCUCCAGCGGUGACGGUGGGGGCCGCGCCAGUGGCAAGGGUGAACCUUUCCUGCUUCCCAACGAGGAUGAGCUCCCCCGGCCAGCCCCUUCCUACGCAGCCCUCAUUGGAGAGGCCCUCCUCCUCGCAGACCCUCCGCACCAGCUAUACGUCUCGGAGAUUUCAGAGUCCAUCAAGGCCCGUUACCCAUUCUACCACCAAUUCCCGUCCAAGAUCUACAACGGCGUUCGGCACCAGACUUCCAUGUGUAAGGCCUUUGUCAAGAUCCCCAGGCCAUUCGGGGACCAGUCAGGUGGGGCUAGGAAGUGGGCCAUCCGUUCCGGCUGCCAGACCUGGUUCCGGGACGGAGACUACCACCCUCCGGUCUCGCCGCCCUCUGCGAUCCACAACAAGAGUAAGGGCGGGAAGAAGCGCUCGACCAGCAACAGCAAACAGCUUGCGAUCGGCCACGACCCCAUGAGCCCCAACCUCUCGAGCGCCAACGGUCCGUCAGACGGCCCACCCUGGGAUCCAGUCCGCAACCCACUACCGUGGCUCCAGCGCUUCCGUGCAAGCCGCCUCGGACCGCAGCUGGUCCAAGACCAACAGCUCGUUCCUCGCGCUCAGCCAGGGCCAGCACAGAGCGGAUACGGUCUCAUUCCAACCCAGUACGCCCAGACUGCGGCUUACGGAAUGACGCCCACGUACACGCACCAGCAGUACUAUGGCACUGGCAGUGGGGGGGAUUGGAGCACCUACCAACAGCACCCCGCGGCCCAUUACUACCCCUCGCCUCCCGAGCAUGGCGGGAGCUGGCGUCCUCCCGCCACCAACUUCGCAUUUAGCGAACCUCCCCUCGCUCGCCAUCGCCCAGCGAUCCUUAACUCGGACGACUCGUCGCACGACGACGCCCGGUCUCACUCCCGCGGCCACCCCUCGCCAGGGCUACAGGGCGAGUACCAGUUGAACGAAGCCGACUAUUCGAAGCGCGAGACGAGCACUCCCCUCUCGUCGCCACCUCCAGGUGCGGACUCUAGCGAUGCGUAA